ACCUGCAUAAGUACCGGGUCCUUCUCAUGAGACCUUAAUUCUGUCUUCUCCCCUCUCCAGCAAACUCCAGCAUCUUCGCACACUCAACGGCAUGUCUGACGCAAGCAAGCCCCUUGUCGUUGUCGCCGGCGCUACUGGUGCCACCGGUACCAGCGUCAUCAACGGUCUGCUGCGCUCUGGAAACUAUCGCGUAGCUGCCAUAGUCCGCUCUGCGGACAAGCCUGCCGUCGUCGACUUCAAGAACCGCGGCGUCGAGAUCCUUGUCUGCCCCGACCUUGCCAAGGCGACGCACGCCGAACUUGUCGAGCUGCUCAAGGGUGCAGACUUCGUGGUCUCCACCGUUCAUGCGGUCAUCUUGAGCGCGCAGCGUGCGCUAUUCGCUGCGGCAAAGGAGGCCGGCGUGAAGCGCGUCGUCCCGGACGACUUCAGCACGCACGCGCCCCCUGGUGCUAUGCUCCUCAACGAUAUUAAACUUGGUAUCCGUGACUAUAUUCGCGAGCUUGGCAUUGGCUACACCUUCGUCGAAGUCGGCCUUUGGUACGAGUCCCUCCUCCCGUACCCGCCCAGCUACGCCGGCAACCCGCUCGCGGACAUGAGCAUGCUGUUCCGCGGCGCAGGCGACGUGUCCACCGCCUGCACCGCGCUCGCCUCCAUCGGCGACUUCGUCGCGCGCAUCCUGCUCGACCCGCGCACGCUCAACCAGACCGUCUUCGCGUGGGAGGACGAGCGCACGGAGGCGGACUUCUUCCGCAUCGCGGAGGCGAAGUGCGGCGACGCGGAGGCGUUCCGCGCGCGCAUCGUGCGCGUGCCCGCGGACGCGCUCGCCGCGCAGAUCGAGGACGCGAAGGCGAAGGGGGACGCGGGGAUCACGAUGCGGUUCUUCCUCGAGUAUGGGUAUAGCACGUUUGUAAGGGGGGAUAAUACGGUGGAGAAGGCGGUGAGGGAUGGGGCGCUGGAUGCGAAGGUGCUGUAUCCGGAUAUGUAUCCCAGGAAGAGCGUGGAGGAGUUCGCGGAGACGUUCUACCCGAACCCGCCGUACCCGUGGCCGGAGGAGACGAUCAAGGCGUGGAGUCAGUUGCAGACUGAGGCGAUGUAGAGACAGGGGCGUACAGCAGAAGUCAU